CCCCCACCUCUACCGACUAAUUGUUUGUCUCAAUGGAUUUGCUUGGGUCUCAGUUGAGCACUUUUAUGGCUGGAUUAGCAACCGUUCUUCUCCUUUUCUUCUAUCUCGUAAGAUGUUCGAGGGUUACUGAAAGCAAAAAGAUGGCACCCCAAGCUGCAGGGGCGUGGCCAAUAAUUGGCCACCUACGAUUGUUAGGUGGGCCGCAGCUUCCUCACAUAACAUUGGGAGCCUUGGCCGAAAAAUAUGGUCCUGUCUACUCCAUUUGGAUAGGGAUUCACCCAGGAUUGGUGGUGAGCAAUUGGGAGAUAGCCAAGGAAAUAUUCACUAAUUAUGAUGUGGCUGUUACCAAUCGUCCAGGAACAAUAGCCGCAGAGCACUUGGGCUUCAACUAUGCCAUGGCUGGGGUUGCACCCUAUGGUUCAUACUGGCGUGAAAUGCGCAAAAUAAUCAACACAGCGCUGCUUUCGAACCGUCGACUCGAAAUACUCAAGCAUGUUCGAGUUUCUGAAGCAGAAGUCUCUAUCAAAGAGCUAUACAAAACUUGGUCCGAAGAAAACAAUGGCUCAGGCCAUGUUUUAGUUGAAAUGAAGCAAUGGUUUGGGGACUUGACCUUGAAUGUGAUACUUAGGAUGGUUGCUGGCAAGAGGUACUUCGGUUCCGGAGCUAAGGGUGAAGACAAGAAGGCCAGACGGUGCCAAAAAGCGAUGAGGGAAUGGUUUCAUUUGUUAGGGGUAUUUGCCUUGAAAGAUGCUGUUCCUUCUCUUGGGUUUUUGGAUUUGGGUGGGCAUGAAAAGGCCAUGAAGGAGACUGCGAAAGAAUUGGAUAGUAUUGCUAGUGAAUGGCUGGAGGAACAUAAGCAGAAGAGAGCUUCGGGAGAGGCUAAAGAACAAGACUUCAUGGAUGUUUUGCUUUCUCUCCUUGACGGUACAAACCUUGCAACCGAAUUUGGUGUUGACACAAUUAACAAAGCCAAUUGCUUGGUAUUUCUGGCACUUUCCUUUAUUUCUUUUCUAAGUAUGAUUACAGGAGGAAGCGACACCCCUAAGGUUACACUAACAUGGACACUUUCCUUAUUGCUGAACAAUCUUCAUUGGUUGAGAAAAGUUCAAGAUGAGCUAGACAUCCAUGUAGGCAAACAAAGAUUAGUAAACGAAUCAGAUCUUAGCAAGUUGGAGUAUCUUCAAGCCGUAGUUAAAGAGACAUUACGCUUACAUCCGCCAGUACUUCUCUACCCACGAUUAUGCAGCGACGAAAUAGUUGUCAGUGGUUAUCAUGUUCCCCGAGGUUGCUGGAUAUUCUUAAACCUUUUCAAGAUUCAAACAGAUCCUGGGGUAUGGUCGGAUCCAUUAGAAUUCAAGCCAGAAAGAUUCUUGACUACCCAUAAAGAUUUUGAUGUUGGGGGUGAUCAAUAUUUUGAAUUGAUCCCAUUUGGUUUCGGUAGAAGGGUGUGCCCUGGAAUGUCUUUCGGCCUCCAAAUGGUACACUUGACGUUGGCUAGCUUGUUACAGGCGUUUGACAUCUCGACUCCAGCAAAUGCAACGGUUGAUAUGAGUGAAGAAGCUGGAUUAUCAAACAUGAAAGCCACCCCACUUGAAGUUCUUGUUAAGCCUCGCCUUCCUUCUAAAAUUUAUGAAUAAUUUGAAAAUUGAAACAUGAAAAAUAAUGUAAAAAGUAUGUUGUUGUUUACCAAUAAAAUCCACAGCAGUCGAUACAUAGAUGUUUUUGGAUACUUUUAUUCAUUAUGCUUUCAAAUUUUGCAAAAAGACUUGCA